ACAACCACACGCCACGCUCCCGGUGCACUCGUAGCGGUUGCAGCGUGCGACCCGCCACUCUACCCGCGCGCCCGUUGCCAAGGCAAGGCAUAGCAAGUGAUGUGAUCUGAGACGCGAUGGGGUGGUUGCGGAUGCGGGUGCGGAGUCCCCCGUUGCUGCAGUCCAAGCUGCUCUGCCUCUCCCUGCUCUACCUCCUCACCACGCUCCCGCUCGCGCUCUACGUCUCCUUCUCCGACCCCUCCCGCUGCCCUCUCCUCCACCUCCUCAUCCCUUCUUCCUCCUCCGCCUCCUCCUCGACGACGACGAAGACGAAGCUCUUCCACUACCCGCGCGACUACGGCGAGCACAAGCACGCGCUCCCCGCCCCGCGCGCGCUCUGCUCCGACCCCGCCGUCUUCUCAGACUACAGGACUGUUUUGGAAGGGAUCAAUGGCCUCUGCCGCGGCAACCUCUCGGCGUCCCCCGCGUUGCGGUACCAGAACGGCAGGAAGGGCUCGUUUGCCGGAAAUCUGUCCACCGAGGAACGGAGAUCGUUCUUCGGUCGCACGGACGGUGCGGUGGAAAUCCCCUGUGGGUUCUUCAAGGAGUUCCCCGUGACACAAGCAGACAGACUGGCCAUGGAGAGCUGCAGAGGCGUGGUGGUGGCCUCGGCGAUCCUGAACGACCACGACAAGGUCCGGCAGCCCAAGGGGCUCGGCUCCGCGACGCUCAAGACGGCUUGCUUCUUCAUGUUCGUCGACGACCGUACCCACGGGGUCCUCACUAGCCACGGCAUCCUGAAACCAGACGACCCUCUCGCACCGUCCAGCACGGUCGUCGGCGCGUGGCGCGUGGUGAAGCUGCAGCAGGAAAAGCUCCCCUACGAGAGCCCCGCCAUGAACGGCGUCGUGGUGAAGCACCUGCUGCACAGGCUGUUCCCCAACGCCAGGUUCAGCGUGUGGGUGGACGGGAAGAUGCAGCUGACGGUGGACCCGCUGCUGCUGGUGCACUCGCUGCUCCUCCUGGGCAAGCAGGGCGCCGACAUGGCCGUCUCCAAGCACCCGUUCAACCUCCACACCAUGGAGGAGGCCAUCGCCACGGCGCGGUGGCAUAAAUGGGGCGACGCCGACGCCAUCCGGGCGCAGAUGGAGACCUACUGCCGCAACGGCCUCUCGCCAUGGUCCCCCAGCAAGCUCCCCUAUCCUUCAGAUGUGCCGGACACGGCGAUCAUCAUCAGGAGGCACGGCUCGGCCAGCGACCACUUCUCCUGCCUGCUGUUCAACGAGCUAGAGGCGUUCAACCCGCGGGACCAGCUCGCGUUCGCCUACGUCCGGGACCAGAUGAGCCCCAGGGUGAGGAUCAACAUGUUCGAGGCCGAGGUGUUGGAGCACAUCGCCGUCGAGUACCGGCACAACCUGAAGCGCGGCAACGGCGGGAGGAAGCAGGGGAUCGCCAGGAUGGCGUCCUCACGAGACAUCACGGGGAGCAGCUGCGAGAAGUACCUUAUGAAGAUGUGGGGGGAGCCAACUGAAUAAGGUGUAUGAAAAAUGCAGCAUUUCAUUCGUUUAUUUUUGUCCGAAGAUUGCGUUUCCGUAAAUACAUAUUGUAGGAACUGAGAGAGUAUAUAUUAGUAUUUGCUUGGUUUUAGUAAUCACAGAAUGCAAAUUCAGUGUUCCACUGUCUCCUUUUCCAGUUCUAAAUAUAUUACCGGGACAAAUUUUCUUAUGUA